AAAGCAUACGAUCUUAAAUCUUCCUAUCAGCUUCUCGAAAAUCGCACUGUUAUUCGCAUCAUUCUUCCUUUGGCGAUCUUCCAAACCCUAUUCUAUAUUUCGUUUGCGAUUAGCGGCGCAGUCGUUUCGCUGUUACACCGAGAUUUGGAGAAGGUUCUGUAUGUGACGCUGACUUCUUUUACCUAUUCAAUCCCGUACUACACGUUGAUGUCUCCGGUCCUAAUAUGGCUUGCUAUACGAUGGUCACGACAGUUGAAGGAGACGAAGCUUAAAGCGCUCACCAAGCAGAACACGAACGAUAACGAUGUUUAUUUCCAAUCUUAUAGAGAGGCCUGGAAUAAACCGCGAGUGAAGCGAUGA